AUGAUGAGACUUUCUCGUGUACACACUGAAGCAAAGAGAGCAAAAAGAUGGGAUCCAUAUAGAGAAUGUUACCUUGAUCCUAAAGGAAACAUUGCUAUUGACCCAAAGACUCUUAGUCUUGAAGCUAUGACUGCAGAAUUUGCUGAACUUGAGGAGUCUCAACAGAGAAAAUGGUGGGGAGGUGGUGAAGAGAAAGAGAAAGAGAAAGAGAAAGAAAAAGAGCAGGAGCAAAAGCAAAAGAAGAUAGAUGAAGGGAUCAUUGAUACUUCACUGGAGAUGAACGCUGAAAACUUUGGAAAGAUGGUUGACAAGGUGAUGGCUGCUAAAGCACUUGAGUUCAAAUGCUCGUCCAGUGAGACAGGUAAAAAGUUCAAAGGUGACAGUGACUGCAAACAUUGCAUGAAAAACUGCAAAGUUUGUAGUACACAAGAUUACCUCAAAGAUACAAAGGUGAAUGAUCUGGCAAAAAGAGUCAGAAAGGUUGAAGAUCAGAUUCUUGAUCGUGACAAAAUGCUCAAAUUUGCAAAUGAUCAAGUUAAAAAGUUGACUGAGAAAAUUGACAAUGAUAAAAUUGAUGUAGAAAGAGUUAGGAAAGAGAAUGAGAAACUAAUUCAUGAAAACCGUCAAAUCUCAGAAAAUUUUAACAAGUUAAAACAAACAAUUCAAGAUUCUGAUGAGGACACAAAGAAGAACAAAUGA